AUGAAUCCCAUCCUCAACGACGACGUCCUCAGCUGUAUACUCGACGAGCUCCAUGCUGAAUAUGCCGCCCUUAGGAACUGUUCACUCGUCUGUCGCAGUCUUAACCAGCUCGCCACCAAAAUUCUGUAUUCCAAGGUCAUCUGGUCGCCCACCUUCCGUCCGACUUUAAAUUUGAAAGACAAAGGACUACCCCCACCAUCCUCGAUGUUCAGCUCAGCUUGCCUGCCUCAUCAUGCGCCAAAAGUCAUGUCGCUGGAAAUUAGUGGAUACCUUUCUCCGCGACCACCACCACUGAAUCAGUUUCCGAUGGUAUUACUUAACGCCAUUCAGUCUUUCGUGAAUAUGCGCUCUUGUCGCUUGACACCAACAAUGUACCAUGAAGACCUCUUCACAGAUAUCCUGGGUGCUCUAAAGUCGUUGCCUUACCUAUCUCAUCUCGCGGUCAAUUCUUCAUGUAUGGAUGCACCGAGGACGCCGAUGCUAGUACAAAUCACGGGGAUUAAUGUUUUGGUGCUACAAGAUCCAACGAGAGCGAUAUUAGACGCGUUGCCAUCAUGGCUGGCCGACUUGACGUUGACUGAGUUGCACCUGAAGGGCAAUUGUGGAUCCAUAACACCUGGCGUGCUUAAGUCCCUUGUGUCGCAGCUUGCGAACAUCACCGCCUUUUCACUCGGACUAUCAUACUCUCUUACGGAUGAAGACGUCUUUUCUUUUCUGUCGCAGCUACUCCAAUUACGAUCUGUGGCAUUACAAUACUAUCUGCAACUACGCCGUUCACCUGUUACUCCCUUCUUACCCAACCUCCGGUCAUUCACUGUCUACUACUCACCCGCAUGGAGUCGCGACGAGGCCGAUCGAUUAGGCAAAUGGAUACGCACUGUGAUCACGAGCUCUCCCAUCGAGCAUCUCGCCUUACUCUCCGAUAACAACUUUGUAGCCUCCAACGUCCGGUUUGAUGGUAUUGUCCAUCAUCUAGCGAGUAAACAUGCCGGUAGGCUGCGGCAUCUUGAGAUGCCACAUGCGUUUAUAAGCGUGGAUGCGCUCAGACUUUUGUGCAAGGAGUGCUCGGUGUUGGAAGAACUCUCGGUGGCUGGGGGAAAGAACGUGCUAGCCGUGCUUGAUCAAUGUAUCCCACAGAUGAAAUGUCUCCACACUGCCCAAAUCAAUGUUCGAAACAUCAAGCAGAGUCUAUCUUCAGGGUUUCCGUCAGCAGGAAAGGAUAUCAUGUUCAAGUCGGCGCGACUACGGAGACUGAAUGUAAACGGGUAUCAUCUGGAGGCACAUUGGACGGCAUCCACUGAAGGGAAUGUCGAAUUGGCGGUUGAACAGGUUUCACCACAAUUUCCUCCUUGGGAAGUAUGGGAACUGAAGUGGCUGCUUCACAGAGAGUGA